GUACCGUAUAUGUCAAAAGUGACUAAUCCAACCAAUCGGACGAAUUGCCUUUUUUUAUAAGUGUGGUCCUUUGCCUCAAAUUUUAUAAAUUAUUUAAUAAACAAAUAACUAAAAUCCAGAAAUAAUGGCUGAUAAUGAUUUAGAAGCAUUACGUGCUGAACGCAUGGCGCAGUUACAACAGCAAUAUGGAGGCAGCGGCGGCAACAAUGCAGAGAAACAACAAGCACAGCAAGAGCAGAUGCGUCAGCAGGAAGAAAUGAAGCACUCCAUACUUUCGCAAGUGCUAGACCAACAGGCACGCGCUCGACUUAAUACGCUUAAAAUCAGCAAACCUGAGAAAGCACAAAUGUUCGAAAACAUGGUGAUACGCAUGGCACAAAUGGGCCAAGUGCGUGGCAAGCUUGAUGAUGCACAAUUUGUCAGCAUACUCGAGAGUGUAAAUGCACAAAUGCCUCAGAGCAAAUCAACAGUUAAAUAUGACCGAAGACGUGCCGCCAUCGACUCGGAUGAUGAUGACGAUUAUGGUUGCUGAUUGUGCGUAGAAAAUGUGCGCCAGUGUGAAUGUAUUCUCAAUGUGCAGUGUCAUAUUAAUAAUGACUUAUUUUGUAAAAUUUGGAUCAUACAUUGACGAUUACUGCUCAGUCAGUUGCAAGAUAAUUAAUUUCAUGCUAAAUAAUAUUAAAUUAUGAAGUUUCCUGAGUUCGCCGAAAAGCCAAGCCACUCAUUGUUUUUAUGCUUUCACUAAUAAAUGAAAAAUUAGCAGAGAAUGUUACUCGUCCUAAUACUAACCACUAUUUAUGUAUAACGCUAGAAAGAUAGAAAGAAUAAAAUUAAAUAAAAC